GGCCGCUCCUGGGCCCGGGGCGUCCGCACGGGCUGAGGCGGGGCUGGGGCGGGCAGCUCGCCGCCGGACCUCGCCGCCAGGCGCCAUGGACGACUUCCCUGCCAUCUGCCUGCUGUCCCUCGCCAUGCUGGUGGCCUGCUAUGUGGCGGGCAUCAUCCCCCUGGCCGUCAACUUCUCCGAGGAAAGGUUAAAGUUGGUGACCGUUCUGGGUGCCGGGCUGCUGUGUGGCACUGCCUUGGCCGUCAUCGUGCCCGAAGGAGUACAUGCACUUUAUGAAGACGUUUUGGAGGGGAAGCAUCACCCAGCAAGUGAGAUGCAGCACGUGGUAGAGUCUGAGAAGGUCGCAGAAAUACCAGUUGUACACGAGUACGGCCACGACCAUUCCAGGUUGCAUGCCUACAUUGGUGUUUCCCUUGUCCUUGGCUUUGUCUUCAUGCUCCUGGUUGACCAGAUAGGCAGCUCUCAUGUGCACUCUACAGAUGAUCCAGAAGCUGCUAGAUCGGGCAACUCCAAGAUCACCACAACACUGGGAUUAGUGGUCCAUGCUGCAGCUGAUGGUGUUGCGUUGGGUGCAGCAGCUUCUACUUCUCAGACUAGUGUCCAGUUGAUAGUGUUUGUUGCAAUUAUGUUGCACAAGGCACCAGCUGCCUUUGGCCUGGUUUCCUUCCUGAUGCAUGCUGGGCUGGAACGGAAUCGAAUUAGAAAACACUUGCUGGUCUUUGCAUUGGCAGCACCUGUUAUGUCCAUGGUGACAUACCUGGGGCUAAGCAAGAGUAGCAAAGAAGCCCUUUCAGAAGUCAAUGCCACCGGAGUUGCUAUGCUUUUUUCUGCUGGGACUUUUCUUUACGUUGCCACAGUUCACGUCCUCCCAGAAGUAGGAGGAAUUGCUCAUAGCCACAAACCUGAAUCAACUGGAGGAAAAGGACUCAGCCGUCUGGAGGUGGCAGCCCUAGUCUUAGGAUGCCUUAUUCCUCUAGUUUUGUCCAUUGGACACCAUCACUAAAAGCGCAAAUUUCACCGUUCUCCUCCUUGAUCUGACAUGAGCAGUAAACGUCGGCUGCUCCCUUUAUCACUGUCUGUCUUAUCCAUCAUCCAUCCCAUCUACUUUAUGGAGUUCAGAGGGAACCUUGAUUGCAAAAUGAGGAAUACUGGGAAAAUUUUUAGUGUAGCAAAAUGUACUUUGGCAGCCGGACAUAAAUUCUGUGUAACUUUUCUGAAGACAUUUGCUAUUUUAAUUGUUACUUCUGGCCCUAUUCUCAGGGAAGAUGGAAUUUGGAGUUUGAGAAAGGUGAGUGGGGAAGAACAUAGCAACUCAUCAUGAAAUUGCAAUCACCAAAGUAUCCUGCAGUUCAGCUUUCAAAGCUGAGAGCAAAAACAAAGGAUGGCUGCCUUUUGAGAGGUUGAAGUCUUCUUACUAAUGAAGAAGGGGGCUGUCCCCCAUUGGUUCCAUGUUGUCUUGGCAACGUGAACGGUUCUUGUAAUGUUUGUUGUUAAUUGUACUGCGAACGCGGGCUGUGCUCAGCAUUCUGGACAACAGUGCUAUUGUGACAGAGGUGUCAUUGAUAGGAAGGAAAUGCUGUAGAGAAAACGUAGGAUUAGAGUAGGAAAUCAGCUGGUUAAGAGCGCGCAAAUGAAUUCUGCAGUGUAUUCCAUUAUUUAAGGGAUAGAAGCAAGGAGAGUAUCGUUUUGAUUAUUUAUGCGAUUGUUAAUAAGUUUUAAACAGGCAGUAUGUACUGGGAGAUGGUCUUCCACCAGGUAAAGCAUAGGCACCAAAAAUGUUAGUGGGAAUUAGGUAUUUGUAACUGUGAUUACACUACUGCUACUCCUGAGAGAGAUCCAUGUUGUCCUUUGAAAUCAAGCUGUUCUGGGUUCUGAGGAGCAAAAAUCUGAUGGAAGCAGCUGUUGAGGGACCAGAGAACUUUACUAGCUCAUUUUCAAGAGUUUGAACCACUGAAAUCAGUGGUGUGUGUGUUUCUCAUUAAAUAAAAUGUAUUAAGGCUAACAUAACAAGAUCUAUAGAUGAAUAUUUAUGUUACAGGUAGAGUACAAAGUGUUUCUGAAGCAAUUCUACACAAACAAACAAACAAAAGAACAAGCAAGCAAGCAAAACGUGGUGGGUUUCCAGUGGACCUGUUAGGCAUUUCGCUUUUCCUUUGGGAAUCCUGCUUUCACCUUUUACUGAUAAUCAUUAGAUUCGGUGAAUCUACUUGAAGACUUAUUGCCAACUGCUGAUGCCUCUCACUGCAGAUGGGUGAUAAAAGAUCCAUCCCUUUCCAAGCCACAGCAUUUUCUUGUCAGGCACCUUUUCUCUUAUGCAAAUUAUAUUACACUUUAAUAACUGUAGUGCAUUGAAAAGUCAGGAAUGCUUGAUGUGCAAAGACUCAACAUAAAAUUCUUUCUUUAGGGGAAAAUUUUUAAUGCUGUACCCUUUUUGAGCUAUACUUUUCCUGCGGUUUUUAAAGCUAACAUUGCCAAAUAAAUUUUUCUGUUGUUUUUUUUUAAUGGACUUUCGAAGCCUGAAAUAUCUUUGCUGAAGUGCUUACUGUUUCAGUUUGAAUGAGCGUAUCUUUUUUCAUGCCAUUUAUUGCUUAUACUACACAGGCCGUUGUGCCUUUUAACUUCUUUACAUUUUUGUCACCAUCCAGUUUGUCUAGUAGCCCAGUAAUGGGCAUGGCCUGGCUCUUGGCCUAGUGAUGCUCUGUCUGUUGGGUUUGUAACAGUGCAGGCGUGUCCCAGGGGUAUACCUAGUAUUGAUCCCCAGAGGUGCUUGUUCAUUUAUGUAUUUUACAGUACAAUAGGUGAACUUAAGUAGCAUUGAAAAAUGACUAGAAACGAUCUUCUCCCACAAGAUACCAUUUUCAGAUAGAAUUUCAAGCCUAAACAAGCAUCUUUGGCAUUAGAGCUUCAAAAGUUAAUCCUGUUUUGAACAGCCACUGCAAAAGUAUUGAUGCAGAUGAGAUCCUCUGCUGCACAUCCUUAAACUGUUUUUACAACAUACAUAUGCAACAAGUAACUUACUAGUUGUUACCUGUUAAAAGGCUCAGUGAACAGGUUACUGACACGUACAAAUGAUAUAUAUGGGUACUUACACCAGAGCUCCCAGUGUUCUUCCUGAUUUCCCUUUAAUUACCUUCUUCCUUCGUAAUGUCACUAUUUUACCUUGCUUUAACCCUUCCUUUUGUUUCCAGAAGCUGAAGAGUUUGCAAGAUCUGUAAAAAGGCAAAAGCAGGAAAUAACUUAGAGCAGCAACAGAUGCUUACAUUCUGUAGAACAGCAGUUUUUCAAGUGGAGGCUAUCUGCUUGAGUAUUUAAGUUGAGUCCUUCUCCCACUAGACCUGAAACAGUUUUCAUAUGGAGGGAUGAGUUCUGUUUCUCGAAAACUGAUCCAAAGAGCAAACCUUAAUAAGCCUGAUGAAUGUACGUGAGUGCUGAUUGAUGAUGGAUGAUGCUGGCAUGCUGCAGGCUGUAGGGAGCCUGUUGUAACUUGCAGUGUUCUGGUAGAAAUUUAAGUUUCUCAAAUACCGGUCCAGCAGCCCUUAUGUGGAAAACAUUUGAACUGGAGUCCCAAUGGCAAACGGCAGCAGAAAAGGACUCCUCUUCUACUUUUUUCUUGAUGUAGAGCCACGUUUUAUCAUCUGUAAUUUGCACGUGAUCCCUGACUCCACUAGUUAGGCUAGUAUCCUGACACUGUUCCUCUUCAGCCUUAUUUUGUACACAACAGUUGCAGCAGUUUCGAGGGGUGAGGAUAAUACCUUUUUAUAUGGAUGGGAGUUUACCUCACUGCUGGUGUAACCUCUGGCAUAGUAAUUAUAACAGGUGCUACUGGUGAGAAGUCUUGUCAUCUUUGGUUUUUCCCCAUCCCUUAGGUCAUGUUUGCUGUUGACAGGGCAGCUACCAGGAAUGCCAAUUCUCAAUUUAAUCAUUCAUGAACUAUGGAGGCCAAGUUAGAGCAGCAGGUGAGGGAUAUAGAAAGUUAAAACAUUGACAAUUUGAAACUGGUGCAAAAAACAGUCUGAUAACACAUAGCUUUCAUUUUGGCACUCAAUUAUGUGAUAUAAGACUGAUGUGAAAGUUUUCCUUACCUAUUUGGAAGUAGUGCUUUUUUUCGCUGCCUCUGUUACCUCUGUGUUGAAUGGUUAUUUUCAAUUAGGUAGCUGCAAUUGCAAUGACUAAGGAAGGUUCUGGAUAUGUCAUAGGGAGGAUACAAAAUCUUAAAUGACCAAAAAUUUCAAAUCAUUAGGUCCACGUGGAGGAUUAUUUUCUAGAAGCAGAGUAUUUUAAUGAGGUAAACAAAAUAUCACAUUUUAUCAUAUCCCCGUUCUUACCUAUCUCCCCAUCUGUCACAAUAAAUCCAAGCACUGCGUGUAGUCAAGGCCAUCUGGUAUAAUUUUCUGCUCCUCUGGGGACCUUGCUGCAAGCAAAUUCCUCUUUACUCUCCCUGUAACAGCCAUCUCUGCCUGUGUUUCUGCUGAGAGGUAGGUGGCAGUAGGAAUAGCAGGUAGCACUUUAACCAAGUGCCAGGCAUUUCCCCUCUUUCUUCUGUAAAUCCCUCUAGGAAACCUAUAAUCUUCUCAUCACCUUUUUUUUCCCCUGUUAAUGAUUUCUUAAUUGGCAGUAGGAAUUGGACUAAAGCUGCGUUUCUCUUCAUCCCAGUGUGUUCAGGUACUUUCCCUACUGCUCUAAUUCUUCUAUUGUUCCUUGUUUUAAAGAAAAAAAAAAAAAGGGAAAUCUUUUGUUUUCAGCACCUGGUGGCAGACGCAGAAGCUGCUCUGGCAUUAACUUGUGUGGGGAAGGUAGAUCCGCCACACCGAGACAGGAGGUUUUGAUAAUUAUUCCCUGUAAUUUCAGAUGGCCAGGUGUUAAACACAAAAACCUGCUGCUGACUUCUGGUUUCAGAGAACCAUCGCUAGGUGGAUUGUGUAAAAGCAUGUCAUCCAGGAGACCCAGGAAAUCUGUUUAUUCAGGAAAAGUUCAGAGCCCUCAAGGAGCUUUUGAGAGUAGCAGCAUGUCUGUGAGGUACCAGCUCUUUGCAGAAUAACAGAUGCUGUGGAAUAAAUGCAGCUGCUGCUCUCGUCCUGUUCUGUGCUGCUUUACGUGGGACUUGGGAGGAAGAGGAGGAAGUGUGUUCUUUCAGGGUGGGAGGAGGAGUGGUGUGGUGGGAAUGUUUAAGUUUUAGAUUCCUGUUCACUUCAAAUUUAAAACAAAAUACCUUUUAUUUCUGAUUUUCUUUUUAUUAAAUCUCUUAGCAGCCUUGGCUUUCCAGGGAAGAACAUUGCGUGGUCAUUGCUGUUUACCUGACUCCUUGUAUGGAACUGUAAUUUUAAUGUCUCUUUUCAAACCAUUUGUACACAAAAUCAUUCCAUGAAUGGCUGCCUUAUAAUUUUUCCACUUUAAUUGUGAAUGGUUAAAAUAAUGUUUCAGUUUUCAAUUUGUUUUAUUAUAUUAAAUUUUUACUAGGUGCAGA